AUGGACGACAGUAUGACAGCUGGCGAGCUCCGACGCCGUUACGGUCCCGGAGGCUCUGCGCCUGAUUCCGAUCUAACUGCCAGCCAACUUCGAGCCAGACAUAACAUUCACAAUAAUUCCUUCAAAAAUGACGGGAAUGGUAUGAGUCCAACGGUCAUCGUUGCUCUCAUCGUCCUCAUAGUUGCUGCUGUAGGAGCGAUGAUGAAAUUCUCGUCUUGA